CGUUAGGAGUGGAACGCGCCGUUGUCAAGAAACUUGGAACCCGUUGCUGUCAAGAAACUUAGAAAACAUGCGUUAAUUGCCUUGUGUACACUACUAGCAGUCUGAAUAGAGUAUAUUUUAUCAAUUCCAACCGUCUGUAACAAGUAACAAUGGCUGUUAUCCGGCUGCUACCGUGCUUACGCCUCCUUCAGCCCUGUCGAAGGAAUGCCGGCUUACUCGAUCGCAACACAGGCCUCGCAUUCAUCGCCUCAUCGGAGAGACUGCAGCACACGCACCCGAUCAUGGUGAAAGUGUUCAACGUGUUCCGAGUCUACGAAGACGUCGUAGGCCUUACUGAAGUCAAAGCCGCGCAGAGUAAAGUCCUUGAGGCGGAGCGGAAAUUCGUGUCAACACAGGAGCAGCGCCGAGAGACACAGCAGCGAAUUCUAGAGCUGCAGCAGCGGCUCAAGGAAAUUCAUGCUGAGCUGGACAAGACUCACCGUGGAGAGGACCGCUACCUGACGCUCAUAACGCAGGAACAUGCAGUCAUCAAGGAGGAGAAGUCCCUACUCCAAGAAUUCGAGCACCUGGAGAAGACGGAACGCGACUACUUUGCGUCGCUGUCCCUCGCGCUCCGCGAGAGCCACGAGAAAGAGCGUGCCCAAGGGGAGCGCACCAAGUACUGGUCCAUCAUUGGUUCGGUGUGCGGUGCCGUCAUCGGCAUCGUCGGCGCCACCGUGAACAACCGGAUACGCCUCAACCAGCUUCGGGACCUUGUGGAACGCUCGUCAAGCCAGCCCGAAAUGCAGCGCCUCGUGUUCAGCCUCUCAGACGAGUUCAGGAGGCACCGCGACCAGAUCUUUGAGUUUGUGGACGACGUGCGGAGGAUGCUGGGGGCUUCCCCCGUGACUGCCGUUCAGCAGAGCUUCUCCAGGGGGGAGGCCAAGACAAAGCCCGCAGAGUCUGAGCUGGAGUACGAGAUCAGGGAGGUGGUGACGCUUGUGAAAAGCCAAAGCGAGCUGUUCGAGAAGGAGACCAAAGAAAUCAAGGCACUGCUCGCGGCUCAGCGGGUGCUCCAGGGAAGCGACGGGGAGGAAAUCAAUGUGGCGGCUGUGUACAUUGGUGAGGACGUGAGGGACAUUGUGGCCGACUCGCAGCAUCAGCUCGAGUGGAAGAUGAAGAUAAACUCCCUGGCAACCGUUGCAUUUGUGUACGGAGCGUUGGCGGUAACCGUGCCUCUUCUCGCUGCUUUCUUCAAAGGUUCAUGAAUGAACUAUUACUAGCCUAUCUAAGGACACUUUUUUUUUGUCGGAGAAUUGCUUUUGCUUCCGGCAAUCGGAACUUACGGUGGUGCCUUACAACCGCCGAUAUACUAGGGAUGUCCCUGGGAUGUAGGCUGCUGCAGCUGUAUACAUGACGGUUUUUUAAAUUGUCCAGCUUUUCAUUACACGAUAAAGAAAUUCAGUGUGGUCAGUUUUAUUGACUUGCACAAGUGCAAUUUCUGGUUUGGAACAAAAUCCAAUGCAUUUCAGACUGCAGCGCUGUCUAUUUUGUUUGUUUUUAGCUGUUAUUAUAUUUUAUGUGGUUAGUCAACAUAUGCUAAAUAAAGGUUAGUUACUUUUGUUAUGA